AUGGGCGCUGGGAAGGUCCACCCGAGCACCAGUUGUCCGGCCCUACCUGCACGAUCCAGCUGGCGACGAUCAUGGAGCACAACCCGCCGUGACACGAAGGCCCGUGGCAUCAUCUACCCCCACAGCUCUUUCCAGAGGCUAUGGAGUGUUGUGAACCUCGCACUGGUGGCGUACAUCUGCGCCUGCGUGCCGUACGUCUCUAGCUUUUACUCACUCGCGGAGUACCAAGCCAGUGACUGGGUUCUCUAUGACGCCAUCUCCGAUGCGCUCUACGGCGUCGAUAUCCUCAUCCGCUUUCGCACGGCGUACGUCGACCCUAAAACGGGCGAUGUGGUCGCCGAACCCAAACGCAUUGCCACGCGGUAUCUACGCGGGUGGUUUGGCUUUGAUCUGUGCACAACACUGCCGUGGGAUACGAUUUUCAACCAGCUUGAUGCAACACAGUCCCGAGCGACGCAGUACCCGCGCAUUCUGCGUGUCUUCCGCCUCACGCGCAUCGCCAAAGUGCUGCGCGUGCUCCGGAUCCAAUCAUUGAUCGACUUUUGUGAGGACCAGUUCAACAUCAACCGCAACUACAUUGUGGUCUCCAAGCUCCUAUUGAGUAUUGUGCUCGUGGCUCACUUUACCGCGUGCGGCUUUUAUGCGCUCGGGACCAUGGUCAACGAUCAAUAUGCGGCCGGGCUACACAGCGGCGACCCGACGUCGUCCUGGAUAGCUUACGCCACAUUUACGAAAAAGAUCUGGAAAUUGUCGUACACCAAGCCCGAAAUGUACACGUCGACGCUCUAUUUUGCCUUUACGAUGAUGGCAACCGUCGGGUUUGGCGACUUUACCCCGAUUACCAUCAAUGAGCGCAUUUACACCAUGUUUGGCAUGGUGCUCUCGGCCGGCACGUAUGCGUUUAUGAUUGCGAGCGUCUCGUCGAGCGUGGCGUCGAUGAAUGUGACCAAAAAUCGAUAUUUCGAGCGCCUGAACGAGCUCAAUGCGUACAUGGAGUCACGGGAGCUGCCACCGCCCCUCGUACUGCGCACCCGACGGUAUUACCGGUAUUUCCUCCAGCACAAGACCGUGUACGACGAAAGCCGAAUUCUCGGCGACCUCUCGACAACGCUGCGCGAAGAAAUCACCGAGCACUACAUUCACAUCACAAUCAAAAACAUUGCGUUUUUCCAAGACGUCCCCAAAGGCUUUACUGCGUUCAUUGCGAUCCACCUCAAGCCGCUCUUUUUAUCACCGCAAUCGAUUGCCCUCAAGAUGGGCGACGAUGCGAGUGAAAUGUUCAUUGUUGCCCGCGGGAUUCUUCAAGUCUACGAACCUCUUGUGGCCAAGGACGGGUCGUCGGCCGGUGAUAUUGAGAUUUCUCUCUUAUCGGACGGCGAUCAUUUUGGCGAAAUGGCGCUUUUGCUGGAAGAGCAGCAAAACCUACGGUCGGCCAGCGUCCGCGCCAAAAUUUACUGUGAGCUGCACGCGCUCGACUACAAAAAACUCCAAAUCGGCCUUGCCCGGUACCCUUCCGUGAUGGACAAGCUCAUGCGGGAUGCCCUGCAGCGCAAAAUUUUGCUCACGAAUCUCCGAUCGGCCAAGAUCUCCAACCUCCUCACAAGCUCUCCUAAGCGGCCAAAGGAGAGCGUCCCCGGCCGUUCGCAGCGGCGCUUUACGCUCAACCCGCGCUUUGUGGGCGACUCGCAGCAGUCGACCAAACGCCUUAUCGACUACUAAUAUACAACGCCGGUUGCUAGUACUUAGGAGCGGUUUCAAUUGCGA